ACGGAGUGGAUUUGGCGCCUUGAGUUCUUGAUGUUCGCAUUGUCUAACCAGCGUUCGCGUUGAAGAUGAACGAAUGGGAACGUUCGCGUAUUAUGAGAACGCUUCUUUGGGCGUUGCAUUUUCUUGGGAGAUCUUGAUGUUCCGUGGUGCCAAUGGUACUGGUGGUUGGUGGUACUCGUACCGGUACGUACAGUCGUACCGGUACUAGCUAGUACCUGGCAUCAAUUGCGUGACGAUGUGCUGGUUGGUUCGUAUUGCAGUAGCAGGUGACAGUUGCUAUGCAUACCUUAGCAAUGACAGCACCUUCGCGACGAAGAAGCUGAUGAGGGGUGAUGUGAGCUGACGGGAGCAAAUAGUUGCUAACCACGAUCUACUGUGUAGCGGCUGUACCAGGUAUCAAUGAGCUAUCAAUGGCUCAACAACCAAUGGCUCAACAACAAAUCCACCUAAAACAAGAAGCUGUUGGCCUGAAUUCGAAGGUUGUUCUUCUUGCAAUAACUACCAGGGAUCCUUGGAAAGAAUCCUAUAGCUAACUGGGCCGCCUACUUGUGCAGGUAGGUUGCAAACUUGAAAGAAUAAGUUUACAGCUCUGCUGCUCUAUUAUUUUUAUCCCUAAAGAGGGUUGGGAGUUGGGAAACUGGUUCUGAUGCCCGUGGCAGCAAAACUGAUGGUUUUGCCCUGUGCGGAGCGGAAGUUGCGCUCGAAGAGAACUCAUUUGUUCCAAAAGAAACACAACUGCUGAGGCAUCACUGACAUCGCGACAGCAGUGCAGCAAGAACAGAAGCAAGCUCUGCCAAAUACUCAGUAGUAAUAAGAGAGCACCACUUGGUCCGGUACCGGAAGUGCUCAAUUUCAUCCUUUUGUUAUUCUCUGAAAUCUCCUGGAUUUGCUGUACAAUCGUAUGAUUCAUUUUUAUACCCAAAGAAAGAUACAACAUGAGCGAAAACUUGGAGGCAGGUCUUCCCGAGGCCAACGGUGCCGAUGGUGACGCCAACACAGAGUCUCCCAACAGUGAGGUUUCCCAGCUGGUGGAAGAAAUGGAAAAACCAUGGCCAUCCACGUUCGAACGAUCAAUUUCUUUGCUUGCCAGUCCAGUCAUUACAGCGCCGCAAGCUGAUCACUUUACGAGAAGUCCCAAACCAGGUGGUACCCCAUUAUCUGGCAGAAGAGCCCAGCGAGGAUAUCUGACACCCGAACAGUCGUCUCUAUUGGCACCAGGACAACGCGCAUCCAAUGACUUUCAACAGGGUGUCCAAAAGGUACAAAGUCUGGACUUCAAAUCGAAGUACAAUGCAGUGGAUCAACCAAUAAAGCCACUGAUGGACACUCAAAAGGAACAAAACAAAAAAGCGAUGGAAGCCAAGGCCUACCGGCAAAAGCUAUUGCAAGCAAAGCAGGAAGAAGGAGCUCAAUUGUCUCCUGGUUACAAAAAAGAAAAGAGUAUCAGAAAGGCAAAGAAGGACAAAAUUUCCCUGGAGGAGAAAUCUACGUUCAGCCAGGCGGUGUUUAAUAUGGCCAAUAUCCUCAUGGGUGUCGGUCUUCUAGGAUUGCCCUUUUCUCUGAAGAGUGCUGGCUGGGGUGGUGGCAUUUUUUGUCUUCUGAUCCUUGGUCUUAUCACAUGGAGGACAUCAAUUAUUAUUGGAAGAGAACUGAACGGAGAUCCCAGGCCAGCUAGUUACUUUGAUGAUUCACCUUUCAAAACUCCACUGCCUCCAGGGUCCUCUGUGGCAGCUCGAAUGCUACCACCUAUAAAAUCAUUCCCAGACAUUGCCAGGGCAUCCUUUGGAGAAGCAGGAUGUGUUUUCCUUUCAGUUGUCUUGUACUUUGAGCUAUUUUCCUGCCUGUGUAUCUUUUUGAUCAGUAUUGGGGAUCACUUGCACACAGUGUUUCCCGUAUGGUCCACCAAUCAACACAUGGUCGUGGUGGCCGCCGUCACCAUUCUUCCUACGGUUGUCCUACGUACCCCUCGGCUUCUGUCUUACCUGAGUGCGAUUGGAACCUUUUCAACAAUUGCAGUGGUGCUGACAGUUGUCAUUGCUGCCAUUUUUGAAGGAGACAUCUCUGCGGAGGCUGCAGCAAGGUCGGCUACAGCGAGGUCUUUACAAGAAGCAACAACGACAACCAGCGAGCACAAGUCCAUGCAUCAUGUCUGGGAUAAUUCUGGGAUGCCAAUCGCCAUGGGUUUGGUUGCAUACUGUUUCUCAGGUCACGCCAUUGUCCCCUCCAUCUAUACGUCAAUGCAAAAGCCACAAGAAUUUGAGCGCAUGAUUGAUUUGACCUUCUUGAUCGUGCUCUGUGCAUGCCUUGCAGUGGGAACCAGUGGUUACUACAUGUUUGGCGAUGCCGUUUUGGAUCAAGUGACGCUUUCCCUGGAACAAAACUCGUCUGCUGUUCUAGUGAUGGAAAUUUUGACGUGGUUGAUUAUUUUGACAUCGUUUUCCAAAUAUAUUUUGACAAUGUACCCACUCGCUCUUGGAAUGGAAGAAAUCUGUGCCCCCUAUCUGUCCAGUGACCUUUUCGUGCGCUUUGCGUCCUCCGCCAUCAAGUUUAUUUUGACAGUUCUGGCACUGGUGGUCGCCAUUUAUGUACCCUCCUUCAGUUUUGUCUGCGCUUUGGUGGGUAUGAUUUGUACGAUGAGCGUGUCGGUGAUCUUCCCGGCGGCAGCACAUUUGAAAAUGUUUGGCAAGAAACUAGGUUUCCUUGAAAAGUUGACUGACUGGAUUAUGGUAGUUGUUGGAUGUCUUGUUGCCGUUGUUGGCACAAUUUACACUGUUGCAUGAGGUAGAUUAGCCAUCCCAUUCUUUGAAAAAACAAAAUAGAAAUGCACAACAGUAGAUGUACAUGCCUCACUCUUUGAAUGCCACCAAAUAUGAUGAGUUGGGGCCACAGCGCCGUAAGGGAGACGGGUCCUCGCACCUAUUAAUAGCUACAGGUAGGCUUAACGAUUCCUUGCAAAGCCAAGAGUAAAGAAGGUGUUUCAAAAAUCCCAGGCGCGGCGGCGAUACUGGUAGAGGCAAGCGAAGUCACUAAGCCCUGCCAUUUUGAUUAAAUUUGCAGCUCUGCUGCUCUAUUUGUUUUGAUCCCUAAACGAUCAGUUUAAG